AUGGUCAAUGUACCUAAAACCCAGAGAACUUUCUGUAAGAAGUGUGGCAAGCAUCAGCCUCACAAAGGGACCCAGUAUAAGAAGGGCAAGGAUUCCCUGUAUGCCCAGGUUAAGAGGUGCUACGACUGGAAGCAAAGUGGCUAUGGUGGGCAGACAAGGACCAUUUUCCGGAAGAAAGAUAAAACCACAAAGAAGAUUGUGCUAAGGCUCAAAUGUGUUGAACCUAACUGCAGUUCAAAGAGGAUACUGGCCAUUAAGAGAUGCAAGCAUUUUGAACUGGGAGGAGAUAAGAAGAGAAAGGGCCAAGUGAUCCAGUUCUAA